UCUGAGUAUCACUCAUAUAUUAUAAGGGAUAAUGUACCCCCUACUGUAAAUGAUAAGGAUAUCAGAAGUGAUUUUACACCACCAGACAUGCCCCUGGGCACAAGCCUUACUAUAGAAACCCUCUCAUGUUUGUUGUGCAAUAUGUAGAGGUGUUGGAGCAGUGUGUGACAGUCAAGUGUGAUUUCAUGUCGAGUCCUUGUCCCUCCCAACUCCUCCUCCUGUUUCACUCCAGUAUCAGUCUUCCAGGAGACACACAGUAAACUCCACUCUGAGCAGCAGGACCUGUUUAUCCCAUUGCACAAGUCACUUGCUUUCUCUCUCUUGGAUCCCAUCCACCUCCCCAGCAAAUUAAGGGCUUUAUUACAUAAGCUGCUCAGGUGCCGAGGAUGAUGGACCUGCUCAAUACCAGGAACCAGAACUGCUGGAAGGAGAUGAUUGCGAAGGAAACGGCCUCCAGGAUGUACUGGAAGCUGAGAUACAAACAGGAGCAUCCACAGAACUUCCAGGAGAAGAGCAGGAAGAGGAAAGAAGGGUCUCUUCCUAAUAUUAAGACCACCCUGCUGCCGCCUAUUCAUGUCCCCAGGAAAGCGAAAGAAGUGUAGGAGCCGGCCUGUGGCCUCCCAGAAGAAGGGGAGUUGGGGGAGAUGAGAGUUGCCUCGCCGCACACCUCCAGUUUACUCUAUGAUGGCUUCUCCAAGGAGGGCAAAGGCAGGUCCCUGUAUCUGAGGAAGAGGAAGGAGUUUAUCCCAGAGGAGAAAUAUCCUCAUCCAGUUCUGUCCUCCUGGGAGUAUGGCUGGAGACUAGAUGAUAUGGUGAACGAAGUUAAGUCUCCGAUCCAUGGAAGGUGCAAGAUUGUGAGAGAUACAUUUUAUAGCAGGAAUGGCGUUGUUUCUUAUCCCCAAUACACCGACCGGAUGCUCUGAAUGUGCCGGUGAUUUCCAUACUUGUGUUUUACAGUCACUGUGUAUGUGGCCUUUAAUUCGCUGCUUGAUGAGACCCCAGGCCCGGAUUUGUGGAAAGGCCACCAAGGCCCGGGCCUAGGGCGGCAGGAUUUUAGGGGGGCGGCAUGCUGCCCAACCACACCCACAUUGGUUCAAAAACACUGGGGAUGCGCUGGAGAGACAAUUUAUUUAAUUCCCCGUGCGCCAAUCCCCAUUGCUCCUGUCCCCCUGGAGGCGACAGGGGUGACGAACGGUAGUGGGCCUAGGGGCGCCCCCUAUGUAAAUCCGGCCCUGUGAGCCCCAGGAAUGAUGCUGCAAUGAAUUGUAUAAUAAACCCAAUGGACUUUAGCUGCUUA